ACAAUCCAACGGUGGAGAAUCAAAUGAUUCCAACGCUAGCUAGCUUAACGACUAAAAGCUUCAGAACUACUCACUCUCCUUAGUCUUUACAGUUCAGAUCUCUAAGCAAACGGAACCAACAAAAGAGAGCUCAAUACAAGUUCUCUGCUAAUUUCCACCUUCAGCAGAAACUUCAGGGAUUUAAUUUGUUCUUGUACGUCGAGUGCGUCCGUACAAAUGGAGACCAAAAAGAGUAAUGGUGUUGAGGUUAUCGGAGAGGUCUGGUUGUUGACGUACGCUUGGGAUGUUCUUGCAACUCUGCUUACCUCAGCCGUGCUUUCUUUAGCUCAGGAACCAUUCCAGCUCCCAGCUUGUGGACCAAAACACCGACUAGCCAAUGAUAAUGAGUAUUCCUACUCAGAAGCAGUUGAUGGUGAUGAAGAGAAGAACAACGAUGGUGGCCUCGGGGACACUGAAGAGGAGCUAUCUUCUGAAGAUGAAGCAGGAGCUGGAAACUCUAAUGGUAAAAGCAACAACAGUUCCAAAGCUGGGGCUGGAAGCGAUGGGGGUGAAGUAGGCAAAGAGGGUGAAGCAGAUGAAGAUGAGGACGAUAUCAACAACCGUGACGAUAAUGAUGAUGGUGAAGUAGAUGGAGAUGAGGGCAAGGAUGAAGAUGAAGAUGAGGACAACGAGGAUGACGAUGAAGGUAAGGAGAACGAGGAGGAAGAAAUCAUAGAGGAAGAGGAGCCAGAUGAUGAAGAAGACGAAGAAGAGGCCCUUCAGCCCCCAAAGAAGAGGAAAAAGUGA